AUGUAUAAGCGGAUGUGACGUCAAAUCCAUAACAACCUCUAGGCUGCUGAUCAGGAAGAAAACUUGCUAGCAUCUACACACAAACAAUACAAUUUCGUGGUGGUUAAUCCUCAUCAUUACGAUACAUCGAGCGACAUCGGACAUUAGGGCCAGCAAGGUUGAUAAGCCCUUGUGACAUCUCUAAUUCUCCAUUCACCAUGGUGGAAUAUUACCAGAUACUAGGUGUUCGGAGAGAGAGUUCUGCCGAAGACAUCAAAAAAGCUUACAGAAAACUGGCCCUGAAGUGGCACCCCGACAAAAACCCAGAGAAUAAGGACGAGGCGGAGAGGAAGUUCAAGGAGCUCUCUGAGGCGUAUGAAGUCCUGUCAGAUGCAAACAAGAGGAACCUAUACGACCGCUAUGGCAAAGAAGGGUUGACAAACGGAAGUGGCGGAGGCAGCAGUUACCACAACGGAGGCCACUUCCAUGAAAACUUCACCUUCCGGAACCCGGAGGAUGUGUUCAGGGAGUUCUUUGGGGGAGCCGACCCGUUUGCGGAAUUCUUUGGCGGCGACCCGUUCGCCAACGACCCGUUCUUCGGCGGCGGCAGGCGGCACCCCCACAGCCGCGUGAGCCGCAGCCGGACGGGCGGCCCCUUCUUCGGAGGGUUCGGCGGCUUCCCGCCGUUCGGCGCUGGCUUCUCGCCGUUCGACCCAGGCUUCGGUUCCUUCGGCGCGCUGAACUCCAUGGGUCAUAUGAGCACCAUGGGCAGCCUAGGGGGCGGCGGCUUCACCUCCUUCUCCUCCUCCUCCUUCGGCGGCGGCGGUGGUGGCGGCGGCGGCGGCAUGGGCAGCUUCCGCUCCGUCUCCUCCUCCACCAAGUUCAUCAACGGCAGGAAGAUCACCACUAAGAGAAUCAUGGAGAACGGGCAGGAGCGAGUUGAGGUGGAGGAGGACGGUCAGCUUCGCUCGCUCACCAUUAAUGGUAAAGACAGCAACCCAGCCGUCCCCGCCCUGGAUGGCGGAGCCGGCAGGCACACGUACCCCCACAUGUCCUCCUCCUCCUCCUCCUCCUCCUCCUCCUCCUCCCUCCCCCCGUCCCAACAGCACACCCAGAGCCCCCCUGCCUCCAAACGGGCAGACUCACACAGAGAGGCCCAGGGCUCAGGAGCAGAUCACACAGACUUGAAGAGGAAAAGAAACUGUACAGUGGAGGAUACAGCCAGGAAGAGGAGAUCAUGAUGACACACAUGCAUUUGAACACACACACACACACACACACACACACACACACACACACACACACACACACACACACACACACACACACAACCAAGCAUAGUAUCCACACAAAGGCUUUUCAAUAUUUUAAAAGAAAAUCUGAGGUCUAACGCUCACACCAUUUUUUUUUAUUCACUACAGAUUUGACUUUGGUUGUUUUGAUUUAGAUGUUUGAUUCUUCAUUCACUCCAAUAUUCCCAUUCUUACAUCCAGACCCAGCCUCGGGCAGGGAGGGGGAGGCCCUUCCCUUGGUCCCGCAGGCUAAAGGAGUGGGAGCUUGUUUGUGUUUGUGUGUGGUGCGUGUAGGUGUGGGCGUCAAAGCCGCCGAUGCAGUUUUGCACUGUAUUGAAUGCUACCCUUUCCUGGGGUUUGAGUUGUACCACCCGCUGGCAAACCCCCGGUCCCAGGUCCGGCCCGCCGGCCCGAUGGGGGGGUCGUUGGAGUCUGUUGGAGCUGGGUUUAAGAUAGGAUAUCACUGGUCAGCACUGCAGUAGGGUAGUAGCCCAGGCCUCUUCAGAGCGGCUGGUCAACUCAACUAUUUAAACCUGUCAGCACGGCCAAAUCCUUUUUUUUGUUCUGGGUAAACAAAAAUUGUAUUUACUCUGUGCUUGUUUUUAUUAAUGGAUUCUUUCCGCUGCUGUUAAGACGUGAACAGCAAAUGUACACGUUUAGCUUGGUAUAGCUUCAUGGUCGCCCAAACAAUGAAAAGAGUGAAACCAAUUCUAAAAAACAUUGACACAUCAGUUUUUUGAUUUGCAUGGGUAGACCCUCAAAAAACAAAAAGCGCCUUUUUAAACAGCGACACUGAAACCAACGUUUGGCCUACUCUACGGCAUUUCCCCUCACUUUUUCCUUAACAUUCGCCAUUAUUUUUAAAAAAAUAUUUUAAUCUUUGAUUUAAUUUCUUUGUGACGCAAGGUUUGAGUUAAUAAAAGGUUCCAAAACAUG